AUGGAUAUCCACCGCUGUCGAUUCGUGUCCUACAACCCCCAAGCGAUCAACUCGCUCGCAUUUUCCCACCCGCCGUCAGCUGAUCUUGCUGGACGUGGUGUGCCUACCCUCCGACUUGCGAUCGGUCGUGCGAACGGCGAUAUCGAAAUAUGGAACCCUUUGCGUGGCGCCUGGUUCCAGGAGACGGUCUUGCGCGGAGGAAAGGAUCGCAGUAUUGAGGGUCUUACCUGGACCCUUGAUCCCUCCGAGGAGGGACCUGAUGGUUCCAAGCUGCCGGGCAAGCUGCGCCUGUUCAGCAUUGGUUACUCAACGGCUGUCACUGAGUGGGACAUUGAGCAGGGACGUCCUCUGCGUCACUCCAGCGGAAACUACGGAGAGAUCUGGUGUCUCGCGGCCCAGCCGCGCUGGCAGCCAACGAAGAGGGGCAAGGAUGGAAAAUUCCUUCCUCCUGCUGAGGGCGAGUACACCGGCCAGCACCUCGUCGCUGGAUGCGCCGAUGGAUCUAUCGUGGUCUUGUCUACCGCAGAUGACGAUGUCAAGUUUCUUCGUUUGAUGCGCCCUUCCACCAAGAAAGCUCGCGUGCUCAGCGUUACCUUCCAGAACCGCCACACCAUCGUCGCGGGCUAUGCUGAUAGCUCCAUUCGUCUGUUUGAUAUUCGCAACGGUCAACAACUGCGCACAAUAUCACUUGGAAAGGGUCCGUCCGGUGGCCCGAAGGAGAUGUUGGUCUGGUCAGUCAAGUGUCUGCCAGAUGGCACAAUUGUUUCUGGAGACUCUGCCGGUGAAAUUCGCUUCUGGGAUGCUAAGAACUACUCCCUCACUCAGCGGAUUCAAAGUCAUCUGGCAGACUGUCUUGAUGUUGCCGUGAGCGCGAACGGAGAUACUGUCAUCAGUGGAGGUGCAGACCAGAGAACUGUCGUCUACCGCAAGAAGGAGGGUGAGAAGGGAGAUAAGAAGUCUCGAUGGGCAGAGGUUAUGCAUCGUAGAUACCACUCUCACGAUGUUAAGACCUUUGCUGUCUACGAGACAAAGGAUAUUAGCAUUGCUGUUUCUGGAGGUCCCGAUGCCACCCCCGUCGUCUUGCCUCUGCGCGAAUUUGGAAAAGAGCACCACCGCAAAUUGUCCAGCCUGCCUCAGAUCCCUCAAUUGACUUCCGCACCCUCUUCCCGACUCGUCAUGAGCUUCUGGGAUAGAGAAGUCAGCUUGUGGCGUGUAUCUCGAGGCCCGGUUUCUCUACAUGAGAACAUGGACGGUCCGCGACACCGACUCGUUGCAAAGGUUAUGAUUCAGGGUGAAGAAAAUAUCACAUCAGCCAUGCUAUCCUCGGAUGGAAAGAUCCUGGCGGUUGCAACAGUUUCCGACGUUAAGAUGUUUACCGUACGUCGCCGCAAGGGUGACGAAAAGGGCGCUCUGCGCAUCCAAAAAAUCGAUGUCCCCAAGGCUCUCUCCGAUGAAGGUGCACGUCUUGUGACUAUUUCUCCCGACAGUCGCUGGCUUUGUGUCGCACGACCCAACAGCGACCUCUAUGUGGCUAGAAUCCAGCCGGCUUCCUCAGCCACUGACAAGCCUCAAAUUUUGCCACAGCUCGCCAACAUUAGGCGUGCCUCUCGGCAUGUACGACACGAAAAGGCCUCGCAUGGAACCCUGGGUGACUACGAGAGGACAGUGCGCUCCGUUGUUUUCUCCGACGACAGCAAGAUUUUGGCUGCUGGUGACCUGUCUGGUUGUGUGGAUACCUGGGUGUUGGGUGCUGCUACCCCUGCCACAAAUGGCCAUUCCAAGACGAACGGCGCCGCCGAUUCUGAUGCUGAAUCUUCUGAUGACGAGGAAGAGGAUGUUGCUAUCGAGGGUGAACGCUGGACUCUCGGAGCCAAUGAGUCUCCCAUUCCGCGAAUGAAGUCUGCAAUUACUCUGUUGUCCUUCCGCCCGUAUAAGUCCUCUUCAAAGGCACUGCCUAAUGGCAAGAACCGCACAGAGUCUACCGAGGACCGGUUGAUGGUCCUCACCAGUGAGCACCAGCUCAUCGAGUUCGAGGCCCGGAGCGGCAAGCUCUCCGACUGGUCAAGGCGCAAUCCUAAGGCAUACCUCCCUGCGGAGUUCCGCGGCGUGAAGGACCGUGCUAUGGGCUGCAUGUGGGAUCUUGUCGAUAACCGUGAGCGUCUCUGGCUGUACGGAGCUUCUUGGUUGUGGAUGUUUGAUCUCCAGCAAGACUUCCCGUCCCCCGAGGAAGUGGAAGCCGGGGAGAGCAAGUCCGCUCAGCUUGUGAAGGCAUCGAAGCGUAAGCGCGACCCAUCCGAGGACAUCGAGAACGACCGCAAGAAGGCCAACACCGGUGCCGGUGACCGGAUCCCUCGCUCUCAGAUGGACAUUCACCUUGGUACAAAGGUCCGCAAGAUUGUCGGAAGCGACGAGUCUAAGGGCGAGUGGAUCUCCCUCGACCAGGAACGCCCCCGUGUGCCUGGCGAAGACGACGAGGCUUACGAAUACGACGAGGCCUUUGCAGCCACUAACGAGACCAACCUGGCCCGUCUCCGACGUGAAGAUGGAGCCGCGAUCGAGAACGGAACACCGCAAAAGAGCUCCAAGAGCAAGGCCGUCAAUGGAGAUACCUCUAAGAAGCAGCUCACCAACGGCACUUCAGCUCAGCCUGCACGUCGCUGGUGGCACACAUACAAGUACCGUGAUAUUCUCGGCAUCGUCCCUCUUGCCCCGAGUGAGGAUUCCGAAGAUAGCUCGAGCGGCAACCUGGAGGUGGCGGUGGUGGAACGGCCGAUGUGGGAUGUUGAACUCCCCGGCCGUUAUGUGCGGGAUUAUGAGUGA